CACAGCUCUGCUGCAUACACAUAACUUCAGCUCAUCCAGCAGCGAUCACAACCAGCACAGCAGAGUCCUGCAUACACUGAGCAGAUGAGCCUAGAGCAGCAGCCCCUGAUCAUGUGACUCCUCCUCCUCCAUGUGACUGAUCACAUGACGGUGACAUCAUCGCAGGUCCUGUAAGUACACGGCUCCUGUACAGUCUGCAGGUGGAGGUAUAUACGGUUGUGGUGACAUCAGGAGCGCUGGGGGAGGGGACAUUACUAUUAACCCCUUCAGGUUUCUCCAAUCCAGGAUCCUCUGCUGAUAUCUUCUAUAUAAGAGAAUUCUCCUGGAUGACCCAUCAACCAUGGAGAGAGACAGGAACAAGAUGGCCGACAGGAUCAUAAACCUCACCCUACAGAUACUCUUCCGGCUUACUGGAGAGGAUUACACUGUAGUGAAGAAGUCCUCUAGUGGGCACUGUCGGGCCCCUGUGUGUGAAGGAUGGGGAAGAACCCUGAGCCCAAUACCGGGGCCCCCACCUCACUCCCUGAUAUAUGAGGAAAUGGAUGAACAGAAGAUUCUAGAACUCAUCAAAAACAUGAUGGAGCUGCUGACCGGAGAGGUUCCUAUAAGGUGUCAGGACGUGGCAGUCCAUUCCUCCCUGGAGAAUUGGGAGUAUGUAGAAGGACACAAGGAUCAGUACAAGGAUCAGGUCAUGAUGGAGGAUCAGCAGCCCCUCACAUCACCAGUCAGAUCCAGUAAGAGAACAGCACCAGAGAGGUGUCCCCGUCCUCUUCUUCCGCAGGAUGAUCAGGGAGAAGAUCUGAACAAUAUUAAUGCUCCAGAGACAGAUGUGAGUGGUGAUGAGCAGUAUAAGGAGAACAUUCCUACAGGAAAAGAUCUGAUCUAUAUUAAUGCUACAGACAUAAAGGAAGAAGAGACAGAUGUGAGCGGUGAUGAGCAGUAUAAGGAGGAUAUUCCUACAGGGAAAGAGCUGAUCUAUAUUAAUACUACAGACAUAAAGGAAGAAGAAGAGACAGAUGUGAGCGGCCAUGAGCAGUAUAACGAGGACAUUCCGACAGGAAAAGAUCUGAACAAUAUUAAUGCUACAGUCAUAAAGGAAGAAGAAGAAGAGACAAAUGUGAGCGGUGAUGAGCAGUAUAAGGAGGACAUUCCUACAGGUAACCACCCAGAUUCUUGUACCAGGAGAUCAGAGGAGAAUCUUAUAUCUUCAGAUUAUAAAGCAGAUGAUGAUAUCACACAAGAUACAUAUGAAGAACAUUCCAUUAUCCCAGAUACACCCUCAGCCCUUCACAGCCAAGAUCUGUCAUCUCAUCCUUAUAUACAGGUCCUGUCUUCUCACUCAUCACAGAAAGGUCACAGAAGGGGUGUUGGACAUCAACAAGAUCACACAGGAAAAAAAAACAUAUUCAUGCUCAGAAUGUGGGAAAUAUUUUACACAGAAAUCGAAUCUUAUUCAGCAUCAAAGAACUCACACAGGAGAGAAGCCAUUUUCAUGUUCAGAAUGUGGGAAAUGUUUUACUCAGCAGCCAAGUCUUAUUGGACAUCAAAGAACUCACACAGGGGAGAGGCCAUUUUCAUGUUCAGAAUGUGGAAAAUGUUAUACUUUUAAAUCAGAUCUUGUUGUACAUCAAAGAACUCACACAGGAGAGAAGCCAUUUUCAUGCUCAGAAUGUGGAAAAUGCUAUACUAAGAAAACAAAUCUUGUUCAACAUCAAAAAACUCACACAGGGGAGAAGCCAU